AUGGAUGGUCACAUGACUGCUCAACGCUGUAUCAACCAGAUUCUGCUGCCACACCUCAUCCUUUUCCUGCAGCAGCACCAAGGUCUGGUGGCAGGGGCUGCCAAGGAGUGGGGUAGCCCAGAGACCCCGGGCACCCAACGACCGCAGCCAGAAAGCCAUCCUCGCCCCCCCCAGAGGCCACUCACGCACUCAAUCAUCCUAUGCAGUCGAGGGAGCACGGACCCGGGACCAGCCACCCCAAAGCCCCCCAAACAGGCGCAGGGACCCACCACACUCCACACCUCCCCAGUCUUACAUGCACUAGGGAUGCAGCAAUCACUGGCACAGUGCCACCCCGCAGCACGAGACCCAGCGACCAGCGCGCCCGCCCCAAGCCCCAAUCGCCACCACGGCCGCACCCCACCACCGCACCCCGAUAGAACCCCCAGCGACGUCCCCCACCCCCUACAACCCCCCAGGCACACCUGCAGUCCCCCUCCCCCACCGCCACCACACCACAACCCUCCCUCAUUCACCAAACAUACAUGCACCAGCCAGACACCGGGGCACGCACCCGCCCACCCCCGCAGCGGCAAGUCCAGGCCAGCCCAGACACCCCGGCGCAUGCCGGGCCCCCACCCCACCCCGGGAGGGGCAGCACCCGGACCCCAGGGCCCAGGUACCGCACCCCGCCCACCCCCGACCAGCCUAGCCACCCGACCAGGGGGAUGCCGGCCACCGACCCAGUCCCAACCAUUCUACUUCUAA